GACGGACAGAUCAGACCGGAAACAAGCUGUCAUUGAGAGGAGGCAAGAUGGCAGCCGCGGCAGUGGCUGAGUUUCAAAGAGCCCAGUCUCUUCUCAGUUCAGACCGGAAUGCAUCUAUAGAUAUUUUACAUUCAAUAGUGAAGCGGGAUGUCCAGGAGAGCGAUGAGGAGGCGGUGCGUGUCAAGGAACAGAGCAUCCUGGAGCUGGGGGGUCUGCUGGCUAAGACAGGCCAGGCUGCUGAGCUGGGCGGUCUGCUGAAGUAUGUACGUCCAUUCCUGAACUCCAUCAGCAAGGCCAAGGCAGCGCGGCUGGUGCGCUCGCUGCUGGACCUGUUCCUGGACAUGGAGGCCGCCACAGGCCAGGAGGUGGAGCUGUGCCUGGAAUGCAUCGAGUGGGCCAAGGCAGAGAAGAGGACGUUCCUCAGACAGGCCCUGGAGGCUCGACUCGUCUCUCUGUAUUUUGACACAAAGCGGUAUCAGGAGGCCCUCCAUCUAGGCACCCAGCUGCUCCAGGAGCUGAAGAAGAUGGACGACAAGGCCCUGCUGGUGGAGGUGCAGCUGCUGGAGAGCAAGACGUACCACGGACUGAGCAACCUGCCCAAGGCCCGUGCCGCCCUCACCUCCGCCCGCACCACCGCCAACGCCAUCUACUGCCCGCCCAAGCUGCAAGCUGCUCUGGACAUGCAGUCGGGGAUUAUCCAUGCAGCGGAGGAGAAGGACUGGAAGACUGCCUACUCAUACUUCUACGAGGCCUUUGAGGGCUACGACUCCAUCGACCACCCCAGAGCUAUCACCGCUCUCAAGUACAUGCUGCUCUGCAAGAUCAUGCUAAAACUACCUGAGGAGGUCCAGGGUCUGGUCAGUGGAAAACUUGCCCUGCGCUACGCUGGGAGACAGACAGACUCGUUGAAAUGCGUGGCGCAAGCCAGCAAGAACAGGUCGCUGGAUGAUUUUGAAAAGGCCCUGACAGAGUACAAGGGAGAGUUGAGGGACGACCCGAUAAUAAGCACACACCUGACCACGCUCUACGACAACCUGCUUGAACAGAACCUCAUCAGAGUCAUUGAGCCUUUCUCCAGGGUCCAGAUAGAACACAUUUCCACCCUCAUUAAACUCCCCAAGGGAGAUGUCGAGAGGAAGCUUUCACAGAUGAUUCUCGACACAAAAUUCCACGGUAUUUUGGACCAAGGUGAGGGGGUGCUGAUCAUCUUUGACGAGCCUGCUGUAGACACGACGUAUGAAGCCGCCCUGGAGACCAUUCAGAACAUGAGCAAAGUGGUAGACUCGCUCUACAACAAAGCCAAGAAGCUCACAUAGAGAACGUCCUCCAGCCCCCAGGGCCGAGCACGUCAGGCCAGUCUGUGGAGCAUUCCGAGAAGGGAGUGUUCAUACUCAAAACAAUCCCAGCAAGCAAAUAAACCAUCCCGCCCACAAACUGACAGGGCCAGUGCCCCCCCCUCUCCAAAACAGACAUUACUAUUACUGUGUUCUUCAUCAACCCUCCCACCCCCCUCGCCAACUAAAUAAACAUAUACAUAACAUGUAUGAUACGUAUGGGUCACAGGAGUCCGUGGGCUAACUCUGCCGAAACAUUAAAUUCUGUUGCCAACCAACCCUGGAGUUCUAUUAUGGCUGAAGACAACUCGCCUCUCCCCACCAGCUGCCCAGAAGAACGCUUGAAACACCUGCCCUCCCCGAACUCCUCUCGAGGAAAUUCCCCCUCGUCCCCAUUCGCCCCCAAACCCCCUCACACUAACGGCAGUCUGGGAAUGCUGCUUUGGGUGAGAACCACCUGAGAAAAUGGAUCCCUAUGAACUUGCCACAAGAAGACGAGGACACAGUCAUUAACACACUGUUCAGUUCCCAGUCCUGCAUUUUUAAAUACUGUUUGAAAAUCUUUCAAAUGCUUUUGAGCAUUUUGCUUUCGCCGUCUGUAAUUCCAGGACGGCAGCAGAAUUUUCAUUUUUAGGACUUUUCUAUUGGUUCCAUUUCAACAGGCUCACUUGAGAACAGACAAAGUGCUUGAAAUGAUAUCUUACAGUAUUUGGAUUCAGUUCUGUUGGCUUCCCCGUGUGUUAUUCCAAUGUGUACAUAAUGUUUCCACGCAUCUCUGUCCAUGUCAGACCCAUUGUGCCCUCUGAUCCUCUGAGUGGUGAGGAUCCUGUUUGACUUGGCUGUAUGGUAUGAUUCAAUUACUGACAAGGAGAGGGAGUUGGUUGUUUAUUCUUCAUGUAUUUGAACAGCCGGGGCCCAUUUCCUGGAGAAUAUAAACGCUGUAAGGUUUGGGAACUACUUUUUUGCAAGGACUACUCAGUUAGGCCACCAUUUCCCAUGUGACAGAAAAUGUCAAGCGCUAAUAAAUAUGUUGAAGAAGG